CAGACACGACAGGGUCUUGCACCGACUCCUCUCAGCCAUUCACUCCUUUCUUUUUCGCCACCUUAGCUGACACGCAAUUGGGCGCCAUCGACAACAACACAAGCUGGGAGGAAGAAAAAGUUCUCUGUCGCAUGGCGGUGCAAAAACUCAAUAAUUUGACCCCACGGCCCCAGUUCGCCAUCGUCUGCGGUGACCUCGUUCACCACUUCCCUCGCAUGUACCCCCACACGGACCCUGCCAUUCGAG